GGGACAGAGAGGUACGACGGACAGCAAGGAAGAUGAGAUUGAGACGCAGCUCCAGAAAUCACAGUCCUCCUUGAGUCCAUACUUGUCGAGAGAGCAGUGUCAGUCGUAAACGACCCUGGUGAUCCUUGGUGAGCUCCCUUCUGGUCACAAGGGUGAGCAGCUUCGAUGACGCCUAGGCGUGGCUAGCCUUGGCUCGCGGGGCGGCUCUGGACUUGGCCGUGGUGAUCGGAAGGGGCGAGUGCGCGCGCCGUACAGCGGCACCGUAGUCGAGAGAACCUUUCGAGGUCCGCCCACAGGAAGCGGGUGGCUCGGUCAAACGCACUGAACCCACGCUUAGCACCUUCGCACUUUUUCCCUCACGACACCACCUCACCCUCAUCGUCCCCUCAUCAAGCAACUUUACAACAAUGUCGAAGGCACCCAAGUCUGGAUCCAAGAAGGCCGCUCCCGCCCCCUACUCCAAGGGUGGCAAGGCCGCCGCCAAGGCACCCAAGGACACCCGCUUCGAGAAGCGAUCCAAGUCGUUCGGUAUCGGCCAGGACAUCCAGCCUCCCCGUGAUCUGACCCGCUUCGUCAAGUGGCCCGAAUACGUUCGUCUGCAGCGCCAGAAGGUCAUCCUCAACCAGCGCCUGAAGGUCCCACCUGCCAUUGGCCAGUUCUCCCACACCCUGGACAAGAACACCGCCACCAACCUCUUCAAGCUGCUCAACGCUCACCGCCCCGAGUCGAAGCAGGAGAAGAAGGCACGUCUCGAUGCCGUCGCCAAGGACGUUGCCGCUGGCAGCAAGACUGACACCAAGACUGGCCCCAAGCCCAUCACUGCCAAGUACGGUCUGAACCACGUCGUUGCCCUGAUUGAGAACAAGAAGGCCCAGCUCGUUGCCAUCGCUGACGAUGUUGAGCCCAUUGAGCUCGUCAUCUUCCUGCCCGCUCUCUGCCGCAAGUUCGGUGUGCCUUACGUCAUCGUCAAGGGUGGUAAGGCUCGUCUCGGCACAGUCGUCCACAAGAAGACUGCCGCCGUCGUUGCCAUCACCGAUGUCAAGAGCGAGUCUCAGCGUGACCUCGCUGCUCUCGUCUCUGCCGCCAAGGCCAACUACCUCGAGAAGGCCGCCCAGCACUCGCGACAGUGGACUGGUGGUCACCGUGGACAGAAGUCGGCCGCCAAGAUGGCAAAGAGGGCCAAGGUUGCCGGUGCCGCCGCUGCCGCCGUGCCAUCGGGUGCUCCCAUCAACACCGAGUAAGCGGGAAACCUCCUCCCUCACCUCACUCAGUCUCGAUUCUUGCACCUUCUCUUGUGACCCACACUUUGUACAACCUCUCAUCUUGACUUUUCGACGGCUACCAAUGUCAUCAUCAUUUCCAGCGUCUUUUCGUAUGAUCCGAUGUGCUUGCUUGCUCGAUCAAAGAAGCAUCCCUGUGCCAUGCGCCCUUACGCUGGGAA